AUGGCAGCACUAGGGAAUCCCGACGAGGAGCGCCUCGAUGAGCAGGCUCCUUUGCUCGGCUAUGAGCGACCAGGUGACGACCGCACACCAGCGCACCAAGGGCACGAGAAGACGGCCCGCCGGUUGUAUCUGUCGCAUUUCCUGUCGACAUGGAACUCGCGCGUCUUUGAGUUCGGCGCCGUCAUCUACCUGGCCACGAUCUUUCCAGACACGUUGAUGCCCAUGUCAGUGUAUGCCUUCAUCCGUGGGCUUUCCGCCAUCGUCUUUGCCCCGGCCAUCGGCCAGUUCAUAGAUACGGGCAAUCGCUUGCGCGUGGUUCGCAUCUCCAUUGUCUUCCAGCGCAUCGCCGUGGCCAUCUCCUGCGCCGCCUUCUACGUCCUGGUGCUCGGGCUACCCCUGGGUCGCGCUGGCGAAGCGGGUGUGCUCGUGGUCCUCUCUCUCUUUGCAUGCGUCGAAAAGAUCUGCUCCAUCAUGAACAUGGUGGCAGUGGAGAAGGAUUGGGUCGUCGUCGUGGCAGACGGCGAUCAGGAUGGCAUGAUGCAGAUGAACUCACAGAUGCGUCGCAUCGAUCUGUUCUGCAAGCUACUAGGGCCCUUGUUCAUUGCCAUGAUCGAAGGUGUCUCGGUGCAGCUGGCUCUCGUCGUCAACUUUGCCAUGAACAUUGCGUCCGUGGUGGCCGAGUACUAUGCCAUAGCACGGGUGUACAAUGAUGUUCCAGCACUCCGGGAGCCAAAGCAGGCCGCAGGAGGAGAAUCGACAGACGCAGGGUCUUCGGGAGACUCGCAAACCCGCCUUGGGUCUUUGCUAGGCUACUUGCCACGCAUGGCGAAGCAGUCUUUCGCCGACUUUCGCCUCUACUUUCGCCAUCGCGCAUUCCUGCCGUCGAUCGCGGGCGCCUUUCUCUACCUGACCGUCCUCAACUUUGCCGGCCAGAUGAUCACGUAUCUGCUGUAUACCGGAUUCACCGCCACGAUUAUCAGUCUCGCGAGAACGCUGGGUGUGGCGUUCGAGGUCUUGGCCACGUGGGCGGCCCCUUGGUUGAUGGGACGCAUCGGGCCGGUCAGGGCCGGUUUGUGGAUGAGCAUCGCCCAAGUCACCAUGCUCGUCGCAGGCUUUGCCGUCUUUUUGGGUCUUUGA